GUUACGUCGAAGCACCGGCUGAUUUGAAAUUAACUUGUUUUUCAAAAUUUUAUAGUCAGUUUUUUUUUUAAGGUUAUGGUUUUCUGGAUUCCCUAGAUUCUGUAAAACCGUAAAACGUUUUUGAGUUGAGUAUCUCCAUAAAAUGGGGCUGCCAAACCUCUUUCCCGCGAUUGGUUUUGCAUUUUAUGCAGUGGUUUCCAAAUUAUUGUUUGAUCAAAUUUAUCUAACCUCCAAUAUGAUUGUUGAUGAGGAAUUUCAUAUGCCCCUUGGUCAAAGAUACUGUAGAUAUAGGUUCAGGGAAUGGGACCCAAAAGUAACAACACUACCAGGUUUAUAUUUGAGCAGUACAUUACUGUUAGGACCGCUUGGCUUAUGUUCAAAAUACUGGUUAAGAGCCACUUCAUUGAUUUUUUCUGGCAUAAACUUAGUUCUCUUGUACAUGCUUGUUUCAAAGACAGUAAAAGGUCAAUGGCAAAAAGUGAUCACAACUCUUGCAAUAGCUUUUUUACCACCACUGUAUUUUCUAGCUCAUGUUUAUUAUACCGAUGUAGUUUCAUUAACUACAAUCUUACUCCUCAUAAGCUUUCAUGAGCGAAGAUAUCACUACUUUGCUGCUCUUGCUGGAUUUGCAUCGAUAAUUUGUCGACAAACAAAUGUAGUUUUUGUGGGAAUUUAUGGAGGAACUUAUGUAUUAAGGGAAAUAUAUGGUUUUUGGGCCAAACACACCGAACCAUACGUGAAAGCAGGACGUUUUCCAUUAAAAGACAUGAAACCUUUCAUCAAAGAUUUUCUGAAAGAUCCAAUGAGAAUUUUAAGACACACCACCCCGAAAUUUUGGGUAGAUUCUGCAUGUUAUAUUAGUGUUCUGGUAUUUUUCAUAACGUUCGUAUUUUUGAACGGUGGCAUAGUUGUUGGAGAUAAAAGUGCUCAUACUGUCUCUAUUAACAUACCACAAAUAUUUUAUUUUAGUGUAUUUUGUAUGAUAUUUGCAUGGCCAUUUUUUGUCUGUGAAAUAUUUAAUUUUUUUGAUUUUGUGACACGUCAAAAACUUGUAAUAUGCUUGUCUAUGGUCGUUGCACUUCUUAUAGUUCAUUUUAACACUGUGGUGCAUCCUUAUUUGUUAGCUGAUAAUAGACAUUUUAUAUUUUAUGUUUGGAAUAGGUUUUAUGGAAAAUAUCCUUGGUUCAAAUACUCCAUGGUUCCUAUUUAUGUUUUUGCACUUUAUGUAGUCAUUAAAACAAUUUGGGACAAAUCUGACAUUAGUUUUUCCAUAUUAUUCUUUGUUGGAGUUGGUACAUUGCUUGCUAGUCAAAGCCUUUUGGAGCUAAGAUAUUUUUUGUUGCCUUACAUCAUCUUCAGACUUAAAGUGAAAAAUAAAGAUCAACCCAAUUUCAAUGUUGGCCUUGAAUUUUUUACACAUAUCCUUCUAAACAUGUCGGCUUUUAAAAUUUUCUUUACAAGACCUGUAUAUUGGCAGGGAUACAAUGAUAUUCAAAGAAUUAUAUGGUAAUAAAGUUUUUAAGUUCAUAUUUAAACUGCCCUUUGUGAUGUAGAAUAUAUUUUUAUAUGAGUGUCAAUAAUAAUAAUUAUCAAUAGUUAACUUCAGUUCUCUUCGAUAUUUAUCAUAACCUAUAAAUUGCUUCAAUCAAUUAGGCGAUCCGAAUCAGCUGAUAAUUGAAGAUGGCGACGAGGCCCGAAAUGUAAACAAACAUUGCCUUCAUAUAAAUGUGUGUUAUUUCUACCUGUUUCAGAGUUUAAUUUGAUGAAUUUUAAUUUAUUUCAAUUUCCUUUAAUGUUCGCAGUUAAAACCGAGUUACUUGGGAAUGGGAUAUUUAUCUAUCAAUAAAAUACCUGGGCAUCAGGUACAAAACGGACCCCAAGAAGCUGUGCAAAUGAAUGUCAAAAACUUGCAUGAACCACAGCAACGCCAAAAAUAAAAGUUUCUAUCAAAAAACGUUCUCAAACUGAUAAAAACACUUUAGAAAUUCAUAGAAAAUACACAGGCUCUUAUGGACGUCAAGUUUGUUAUGCCUCGGCGCCAUCUUGUACGUCAAACAUCAAAUCGCCAUAUUAUUAUAGGAACAAAAAGGUUACCUAAUAAUUAUUAUUAGAAGGUAUCUUUUGUAUUUCAAUUGUGGGGCCAUUGCUGUUUUGUUCCUUCUAUGUCUUAAGUAUAAUGAUUUAAAAUUUAGUUUUUUAAAUAUUAUAAAUUAGGGAGAAGACUGGGUUAAACACCAAAAUAGAGCUAAUUAAUUUUAUUCAGGCUUUGACGUUACUAGGUACGAUUUUAUGUUUUUAGUUUUGUAUUUUGUAGGUAUAAAUUUAUAUAACCGACAAAUGACAAUGGUGUUUUUAGGUCUAAUUAAUGUAUACCUACAUUUCUAUUCCUAUAAGGUAGGUAAGACUUUGCACGUAACUUGCUGUCACCUUUUUUUUUUCGAUUUAUUUUUAACAAUUUCUAAAAAAAAAUCAAUCUCUUUGAUAAUUAUUUAAAGUUUUGUUUAAUAUUUCAUUAUGAAAUUCCACCAAAAAAUAAUAAUUAAUAUUUGUAAUAAUCUACCAUAUUAUUUUUUUGUUGAAUGUUUUAUUGUUUAGUUAAAAUUUACUCUGUUUAAAUUUUAUUCAAUUCUGAAUUACAUACUUGUCGUAGAUGCAAAAUGUUUCAAUUGGAUAUCA